UCACUUAACAUAUCCUGUACGCAGGACUGCUGUGCAUGGCUGUCAACACAGAACGUCAGACAAAGCUGGUCCCAAUUGUGAACAAACGCAUUUUUAGGCAUUUUCUCUCUGCACUAGAACAGUCUGAUUUGUAGCCAUGAGUGGUCGCGAAGGUGGCAAAAAGAAGCCUCUGAAGGCACCGAAAAAGGAACAGUCAGAGAUGGACGACGACGAUGUGGCUUUCAAACAGAAGCAGAAGGAACAACAGAAAGCGCUCGAUGCGGCAAAACAGAAGGCUUCCAAGGGUGGCCCGCUGCUUCAGGGUGGAAUCAAAAAGUCGGGAAAAAAGUGAUCUUACCAAGGGUACUGGUUCGAAGCGAAACAACCAACCUUCUAUAUCUGCUGCCACUUCAAUCGACGACCGGAGGUUAGGUUCGGCAAGCACGUUUGCUGUGCGCGGAACCGUCAUAAAUGUUAAGCUACAACUUUCCGUUUUUCAACAGUGUCGUGACGGACGUUUGUGGUCCAUACUCUAUUGGUAAAUAAACUUUUUCGCCUAACAAUGUA